GGGAAAAACGGGGAUUUGAGCGGUUUGAAAGGAGAAAGUAAGGAUGAAGAUGGGGUCAUAAACCGAGUAUCUCUCUGUGUUAAGCUCACCCAAACCACACACUUGUUCAUCUGACUCUCCCUUUUCCUCGCUAUUUCUCUUUCCCUCUAUACUUUUUUUUUAAUUCUCACAUUUCAUUAAAUCUUUCUCAUUUCAAUUUUGGUAUUGUACUCUGUUUAAUCUUUCACAUUAAUUAAUUCUAAGUAUGUCGACGGAGAAAGAGCGAGAAACUCAUGUUUACAUGGCCAAGCUUGCCGAACAGGCCGAGCGCUAUGAUGAAAUGGUGGAGUGCAUGAAAAAGGUUGCAAAACUUGAUUGUGAGCUGACUGUGGAGGAGAGGAACCUCCUUUCCGUAGGAUACAAGAAUGUGAUCGGUGCUAGGCGAGCUUCGUGGCGCAUUAUGUCUUCAAUUGAACAAAAGGAAGAGACUAAAGGGAAUGAGAACAAUGUUAAACUGAUUAAGGGUUACCGCAACAAGGUAGAGGAUGAACUUGCUAACAUUUGCAAUGAUAUUCUUACCAUCAUAGACAAGCAUCUCGUCCCUUCAUCCUCCUCUGGAGAAGCUACUGUUUUCUACUUCAAGAUGAAAGGUGAUUACUAUCGCUAUCUAGCUGAGUUUAAGUCUGAGCAGGAAAGGAAGGAGGCAGCAGAACAAUCACUCAAGGGUUAUGAGGCUGCUUCUGCUAGUGCAAACACUGAUUUGCCUUCGACUCACCCAAUUCGACUUGGCCUUGCUCUUAACUUCUCUGUUUUCUACUAUGAGAUCAUGAAUUCUCCUGAGAGGGCUUGCCAUUUAGCGAAACAAGCAUUUGAUGAGGCGAUUGCAGAGUUGGACACCUUGAGUGAGGAAUCAUACAAGGACAGCACCUUGAUAAUGCAGUUGUUGAGAGAUAAUCUCACUCUCUGGACUUCUGACUUGCCUGAAGAUGGAGGUGAAGAUAAUUUUAAAGGUGAUGAAUCAAAGGCACCUGCAGAAGGGGAAAGCCAACAUUAAAGAAAGAUGAACGAAAAUGAGAGGCUGGGUAGAGUACAUUGCAGAAAUGGCUUCUUUUUAUUAGCUUUUCUUUGGAGGAGGGAUUGAAGAAUGUACGUACUACAUGAUCACAUCUAUAGUUAUUACUCUUUUCGGGAUCUAUCCAAACUAAACCUGAUGAUCAUCUGAUGCCUUUGUUAUUUUAACUGUUGUUUUCAUUGUCAUUUUCAACUUCUUUUGCCUCAUUCUAAACACCAUUUUUUUAUUUUCGGUUCUUUAUUAAUUGUUAUGUAUAAUAAACCUUUUUGUUGUUA